AUGUCUAACUGUUACUUCGACAUCACCAUCAACGACAAACCCGCUGGGCGCAUUGUCUUCAAGCUCUAUGAUAACGUUGUACCGAGGACCGCGAAGAACUUCCGCGAAUUGUGUACCGGUCAACAUGGUUUUGGAUAUGCUGGCUCUGCCUUCCAUCGUGUCAUUCCCGGCUUCAUGUUGCAGGGUGGUGACUUCACCAGGGGAAAUGGAACUGGUGGCAAGUCCAUCUAUGGCGAGAAGUUUGCUGAUGAAAACUUCGAGCUCAAGCACACUAAGCCUGGAAUGUUGUCUAUGGCAAACGCCGGCAAGAAUACUAACGGCUCGCAGUUCUUCAUCACCACCGUUGUCACUAGCUGGCUCGACGGUGAGGUCGUUGAGAACAUGGACCUCGUGAAGCAGAUCGAGAGCUAUGGGAGUGCAUCUGGCUCGACUAAGGUUCGCGUCGUGAUCGCCGCCAGCGGUACGCUCUAA